AAGAUUUUCCAGUGUGACACACAAAACAGGCAGGCAUGGAGUCUGCGAAGCGGAAGCGAGCCGCCAAAGCCUGUAAUUACUGCAGAAAGAGGAAAAGGAAAUGCGAUGGCAGACAACCUGUUUGUACGCUCUGCGAAGAGGCGAAUAACUCCGAGUGCGAGUAUCGCGAUGAAGGAAAUGAGUCAAAGCGAAUUGCCAUCCCUGUUGAUCGCGUUGAUGAGAUCUUUGAUCGUCUUGAAUCACUCGAAUCAACCUUCCAAUCCGCAAUAGCUCGUCAACGAGAUCGAAGUCCCAUCUCAACACCUUUUCCAGCAUCGACUCCUUACCCAGCCUCAACACCCUACGCACCAUAUCCCAUAGUGCGACAUAACGAACCAAUUAGCCCUGAAGAUGGAAUAGUGGCUGCUUCAUCUGUGCAUUCAACAGGACCAGGAACGCAAACUUCGUUGUCUCAAUUCGCUAAUAACAAUGUCUUCAAUACAACGAUGGACAUUCCACUUUCUCACUCAUCAACAACAGGGAAUUUACUCAGGUCUGCGCCAGCGAAAGCACUCCUGGGUCAUUACCCUUCAGAUCUGUUUCUACAUAUCGAGUUAAGAAGACCAAUUCCCGAAGGGCUGAGAUUAAACGCCGAACCAGCGAGUCAAAUUGACCUCCCGACACUAUCACCCAACGAAACAGAUCAUCUCGUCAGGAAUUACUUCCAGCUCGUUCAUCGCUUCCAUCCAAUCCUUGACCAACGAGCCUUUUAUGAUCUGUACGACAGAACCGUUGACCACGGCGCACGGCCUGAUCUUCCCUCAUCACUGGUCCUCGUUGUUCUCGCACUAGGUUCUGUUGCCGCUGAGACGCCGAAUCGAAUGGAUGCGAGUUGGAGUCCUGGGGUAAAGUUCUUUACACCUGCUGUGAGACUUUUACUCACGGAGUCGUUGUGUUCGUUUGGUGGAGAUCCGCUUCUACCGCAGGCGUUGUAUCUCGCUGCGCUGUAUUAUAGCUAUUUGUCAAGGCCGUUGCUUGCGUGGAGGUUGGUGCAUAUGGCGUCGACUGAUGUACAGCAUUAUUGGAUAAGAUCUGAGAAGUUGCUGCGAGAUGGUUCGCAAGACCAGUCAAUUCUGCGAGUCUUUUGGGCCAUUCUCGUGCUCGAAUGUGACAUCCUCGCAGAGCAUCAUCUCCCUCGCAGUGGCAUCGAAAAGAUCGUCGAUAAACUCCCCUACCCAUGGUCCGACGGCCCCUCCGAACCCUACAUGCACCGCUGGCUCGCCGAUCUCUCAUCCCGUCGCCUUCUGAACAGAAUCCACUACGUCCUCUACGCAGAAGCUGAGCCAGGUACAGGCGAUAACGCAGCGGAUAACUCUGAAGAAACGCAAUCGAGUCUUCCAAACUUGGCUCAUGAAUUGAACCGCCAGCUUGGAGCGUGGUAUCAUCUCCUCCCUCACAGCAUUAGACCCAAUCUCGAGAUUCCUCCGAUAGGGAUUGAUGAUACCAUGGUUACUAUACGAUAUCACACGACAGGCGACAUUAUCUACAGGCCUUUUCUAUAUCAAGUUUGCGCCCUCGCGCCAGGUACACAACCCAAUCCCGCGACACUCGGGAAUGCGAGACAAUGUCUGGUACACUGUCGUCGGUAUCUCAAUGCAGUUGAAUUCGCAGUCCAUGCACCGACUGCAUCUUUGGAGAAUCUCUUACACGGGACCAUGGCGGUGGUAUUACUCCUCUCAUUCGCAGCCUUCUCAAGAUUGGAUGCCCUCAGGGUCCCUGAUCUCAACCAAUUACAAGACAAGGGAAUAAGGAUCUGCGAAAGAUGGGCGUUUCCAGGCUCAAGUAUAGAGCAAAUGGUUGUAAUUCUGCGCGCCCUCCGAGCGAAGUGCAUCGAUACAGGAUGAGGGUCAAGUCCAUAGAAAACAACGUCAAUGUCUCGAUUACAGAAAA